AUGCUCCGACUGACGACGACUGCCCGGAGAGCACCCGUGCUGGUGGUCCCGCGCAUUCUACGCAGACAAAUUUCACUAUUCACACCCAUCAAUGAUAAACCGGGAAUGACGGCAGCUGCAGCCGCUGUCAAUGCUCAAAAUCUAAACGCCAAGGCACCGACCAUUAAGCUACAGACCCCUCGCGACGAGGCCGAUGCACGUCAUGGUGACGCUGCACUUCGGCUCAUGUUUGACGAUGCCGGGUUCUGGAAAUCCAUGAGCCCUGUGCAUAAUCCAGGAAAGAAAACAGGUCUGUUUGAUAACCCAUACUUGACAUCGCCUCGUGGAAUGCUCCGCUUUACAGAAGUGUCACUUGCUCAAGCACAAGCUCUGGCCCAACGGAUCCUUUCGGGAACUGUGCGUGAUGGUGGAGAUCUUGUUCGAACACUUGAUCGCCUUAGUGAUACUUUAUGUCAGGUCAUUGAUCUCAUGGGCUGUGUACGUGCUGCACAUCCAGCACCUGGGUUUCAAGCGGCCGCACAGCAGGCCCAUGAAACCAUGUUUGAGUACAUGAAUGUGCUAAACACCUCAGUAGAACUGUAUGACCGACUUGCUGCAGUUUUCGAGGACCCUGAAAAGGUUGCAAAACUUUCUGCUGAGGAAGAUUCUACAGGGCGGUUACUUCUUGCCGAUUUUGAAAAGUCCGGCAUUCGGUUAGAUCCUGAAACACGAACCAAAUUUGUCCAGCUCAUGAAUGUCAUUUCUGUUAUGGGACAAGAAUUUAUGGAGGCCGCUGCAGAACCUCCUAAAGACCCGUCUGUGGCUUUUGUCAAAGCUACCUCUUCCGAUCUUGAAGGUUUGGACCGCGGGCUUGCCCGGUAUCUUGUACAAACCCAGCAGUCAAAGUUAUCCAAACUAUUUGGUGAAAAGGAACCAGGCUCAUUACUUGUGCCAACCACAGGUUGGGAGGCUGCAGUUGCUCUACGAACUGUUCGAGAUGAAAAAGUACGCCGGGAAAUCUGGACCAAGGGCCAUUUAGCAUCUGCCGAUUUGGAACAAGAUAACCGUUUGCAAACGAUUUUACGUGCGCGUGGUGAGCUGGCCAACCUAAUGGGUGCUCCUUCAUAUGCCGCCUACGAACUUCAUGGCAAAAUGCUUAAGACUCCAGCUUUGGCAGACUCGUUUCUUAAGGCCAUUGAAGCAGCAGUGGCGCCCAAGGCACGCGGCGAGAUUGCGGCGCUGGCGCGGAUCAAGGCCCAAGCUACAGAUGUCCCCCACAAAACAGCAGGGAUGGAAGCCUGGGAUAGAGACUUUUUCGGAGCUAGGUUCUUGCAUCAGCAGCAUUUGUUAAGAGACCACAGAGACGAUACACCAUCUCAAGAAGCAGUCGCACGUAUCCCAGAAUACUUUUCAGUGGGAACUGUAAUCCAGGGUCUUUCACGAUUAUUUACAAGUAUCUACGGGAUCCGGUUUGAACCAGUGCCUCCCAAGGAGGGCGAAACAUGGCGUGACGAUGUACGUCGGGUUAAUGUUGUUUCGGAUACUGACGGACUUGUAGGUGUCAUGUACUGUGAUUUGUUCCAAGCUCCAGGUAAAUCGCCUAAUCCUGCACACUUUACAGUACGUUGUUCACGUCGAAUCUAUGCAGCAGAAAAUGAUGCCGUACGGGCGCUGGACCCAUUGGCCAACGAGCGGUUCCCGCAUGUUGUUACGGGCCGUGAUGCACAUCAACUACCUGUGAUUGUGCUCAUGUGUGAUUUUGCGCCGGGUCCCGCCGGCGGGCCUGCGCUGUUAACCUUUAAUAAUGUACAGACUUUGUUCCAUGAAAUGGGUCAUGCCAUGCACUCCAUGCUGGGUCGUACUGAUCUUCAUAAUGUUUCAGGGACACGUUGUGCUACUGAUUUUGUGGAGUUACCUUCAGUUCUUAUGGAAAAGUUUGCAGCUGCUCCUCAAGUUUUAGGACUGUUUGCAUAUCACCAUGCAACGGGUGCUCCGCUUCCAUUAAAUUUGUUGCAAGAACAUGAGCGGACUGCUCAACAGUUGCUUCAACAUAGUGAAACUCAUGCACAAAUUGUCUUGGCUCUUCUUGAUCAACUUUUCCAUUCAGGUGAUCCUGCACUUUUGGCAACCCCAGAAGGCCUUCAUCAUGCUUACUACGCUUUAGAGUCUCAUUAUGGUCUUUUCCCAGCCCAACGUGAGUCUAGAUGGUAUACCCAAUUUGGCCAUCUUGUUGGCUAUGGUGCUUCUUACUACUGUUAUCUAUUGGGUCGUGCCAUUGCCGAUCGGGUAUGGGCUCAUGUUUUCCAACAAGACCCAACUGCCCGUGAUGCCGGCGAAAAAUGGCGCAGAGAGGUGUUGCAAUGGGGGGGAAGCAAGGACCCUUGGCAAAUGGUUGCUAGUGUUUUGGAUGACCCGACAUUAGCACCAGGGGAUACCGAGGCCAUUGCUUCAUUAACUCGAGGUUUUGACAGUAUUGAUAAGCAAUGA